AAAUUUCCCGCCGUUGAGUUGCUACAUGGCGGAAUUGUGUGCUGUCAUUGCUCCUCGCAUUCGGAAAACGGAAAAAGUUUCCGACGGUUUCACCAGUUAUUGCGCGAAUGUCGCGAUGGACAGAAUACUCAAGGGGAUCAUGAAGUACAGAAAGUGCCACCGGGAAGGGAUGGUGAAGCAAUUCCAACAAGUCAGAGAUCAUCCCGAGCCAAAGGCAGUGUUCUUUACCUGCAUGGACUCCCGGAUGAUCCCAACUAGAUUUACGGAAACGAACGUUGGAGACAUGUUUGUCGUCCGAAACCCCGGUAAUGUCGUUCCGCACUCGCAGCACUUCACGGACGAAUUUACUAUGUGCGAGUCGGCGGCAUUGGAGCUCGGAUGCGUGGUGAACGACAUAAGGCACAUCAUAGUCUGCGGUCACAGCGAUUGCAAGGCGAUGAAUCUGCUCUACGCUCUACGGGACGAGGAGUUCGCGUCACAAACGAACAGGAGAAUGUCGCCGCUGAGAGCGUGGCUGUGCGCGCACGCCAGCAGCAGCCUCACUAAAUUUCAACAUCUCGAGGUCACCGGUUUCCGCGAGCCGAUCCUCUUCCAGGCGGAGACGCCGCUGCGUAAAUUCGUCGCCUACAUCGAUCCGGAGAACAAGUUCGCUAUCGAAGACAAAUUGUCUCAAAUCAACACGUUGCAGCAGCUCCAGAACAUCGCGUCGUACGGGUUCCUGAAGAAGCGUCUGGAGAGGCACGAUCUGCACAUCCACGCGCUGUGGUUCGACAUUUAUACCGGUGAUAUUUAUUACUUUAGCCGUGCCAACAAGAGAUUCGUGGAGAUAAACGAAACAACGGAGCCGCUCUUACUUAAAGAAAUUAAAAAGUACUACUCGUAGAAAUUUUUUUUUUUUUUCGAAAAUUGCGUAUAUUUAUAAUCGAACGCUGACAUUAUACGUUGCCAGAAACAUACAAGACCGCGUAAAAUAAUCGUAUAUUUUUUUAUAUAAACUG